GCCCGGGAUGUUGCCCCUUGGACGUGACUGACAAGUGACGUAUUUUGUCCACGAUGGCUUGCCGUUACGUCAUUGUCGCAGGAUUGUGACGUACAACUUGUGGAUCAAAGUACAGUCGGUUCCCCACAAAAAAAAAAGAAGUUUGCAGCAAUCGUGUGUUGUCCGCACAUCACUGCAGGAGCACGCAAACACGCACAUGCACACACGCAGUGCAGAUUCGUGCAGAUCUUGUGUUUCGGCAGCUGUUUCCUUCUACGCGCGGGUCCAAAAGAGAGAAGCUAAAUCUGACCACUUUGUAUCGUUUUGCUAGUAUCGAUAAUUCGGGUCAGUCCCACUUGAGUGAGUGGACAGUGAUUUACAGGCUCGUGUCUCACUCUCUCGUUUCUCUGCUGUGGACAUGGAUUUCAAAAUCCGCGCUGGGACCAAAGAAGACUGCAAAGACAUCUCGAGGAUGAUAAAGGAGCUGGCUGUUUUUGAAAAUAAGCUGGAGGAGGUGAACACGUCCCAUGAAGAACUGGAGAGGGACGGGUUCUGCCAGAAUCCCUUCUUUGAAUGCCUUGUGGCAGAAGUUCCUGAGGAGCAUAAAUCCAAAGAGGGAUUCACAGUUGUCGGCUACUCCCUUUACUUUUACACCUACAGUACAUGGAAGGGUCGGGUGAUGUAUAUGGAUGACCUGUAUGUGAUGGAGGAAUUCAGAGGAAAGGGUAUUGGCAAGGGUCUAAUGAGCAAAGUUGCAGAGAUGGGGAAAAAGAAUCAGUGUGUGCGGUUGCAGUUUUCCGUGUUGGACUGGAAUACUCCUGCUCGAGAGUUCUAUGCUGCUAAAGGAGCUCGGGACAUCACUGAGAGUGAUGGCUGGCACUUUAUUCGUUUUGAAGGACAGCAGUUUGACAAUUUAGCAAAAAGUGCACCAAAAGAUUAGUUGUUUUACAAGGAAAAUCCACCGUGGAUCCAGGAGGUUAUUCUUUGUUCUUGUUAUUUUAAUCUUUUAGCAGGAUUACACAAAAAAGUCUCAACUGAAUUUUUUUUAAACUUGGUGGAAGGGCCAAGAAAGAGCUCAUUAACCUUUAGAGCAGAUCGAUUAAGUGGGCGGAUCCAGGAUUUUAUUUUCACUUUCCUUAGCAUAGCGAUAUUGCGUUGUUCCACAUUUUUGUCAAUUUCUCCAGAAAUAUUACAGACACCUUGAUGAUUAAAAUAGAAAUACUUAGGGAACUAAUAUCUAUGAGCGUGUAUAAUUUGGUGCAGCCUGAUUAUACAUAAGGGGACUGUUGGGCCUUGUAUACGCGGUAUUAAGUGCCAUUCUACUGUAGUUCUGUGUUUUCUGUUGUACACAAAUUUCCUGUGUAAGACAAUGUCAAAAUAUGCUUCACUGUUCUGGUUUCUCCUGGUUUAACAUAAAUCUAAAGUCAAUCAUACUUGUAAUAGAGUUGGGCACCCCACUUAUGAUUUACUAAUAUGAUUGUUAAUACUCUGAUAUCAAUAAAUACGAUUUUUUGGC